CCUAUCUUGUGUAUUUCCGUCCACGCACACAGCCGGCAACAUGCUUUGACCGCCGCCGAGCCCAUUCGUCGCGCCCCUUGUCUCCGCCGCUCACCUAUAAGUAUAACCUGUGCGCCUCGUUUGCUGUCCCCCACUCGAGGACACAAUCAAGAUGUACCCAUACCCCGGCUUCCACCACUGGCAUCGCUUCCAUCGCGGCCCCUCCCGGCUCGUUUGGUUUACCUUCGGCGCGCUCGCGACGGCAUGGUUUAUGAAGCGCAAGGAGUGGUGCAACGAGUCCGCCUACGCGAACUGCGUUCGCACUCGUAUACGGGAGUUCAACCCGCAGCCGCAGGGCGACGCGAGCCAAGCACCUCAGCCUUCCCCAUCACCAUGGUCUCCGAAGACGAUAUCGGAGACCAUCAACAACAUCCCCCCUGCCUUCUCGCAGCAGCAGCCGUCGCAACAAGCGGAGCAGCGCCCGACACCUGCGAACCCGUGGGGUUGGCACGCGAAUCCGUGGGGCUUCACGUCCGAGCAGGAGAAGAACCUCCAGGAGGAGCGCGAGCGAAUGGCGCAGAUGGCUCGUCAGGCAUCCGAGGCAAUGGCUGACAUGUCCGAGGCCACGAUCGACUCCGUACUUGCCUCCGUCGAGAACCUCAAGACGAAACUGGCCGAAGCCCGUGCACGUCGCGAGCAAGAGCGCAAGGAGUAUGAGGCAAAGCUUGAGGAGCAGCGUCGCAACCCUCCUCGCCUUGUCUGAUCGAGGGCUUCUCCAUCGAACUACUAUCGCACCCCCCUUCUAGACCCAUAUCCUCAGCAUCUUCUGGACAUACUUAUACUUAUCACGCUCACUCUGUUGUAUCCAAACCCUUAUGUAUCAUCCUGGAUUAAUCCUGAUCGCGUUUCCCUUGCCA